AUGAAGCACUGGGUCGUUACUUUCGGGGUUCUUGCUCUUCAUCUCUCGUCGACAGAAGCACUCCUGGGUAAUCUCUUGGGGGCCGUUGGCAGCACGGUCGGCAGCACGGUCGGGGCAGUGGGUAGCACGGUCAACGGCGUCGUCAAAACCGUGACCGGGACAGGUUCCGCAACUGCAGACCCCAUCGUGAGUUCAUUCGACGGGCGCACUUUCGAGUUCUUUGGGAAAGUGGGGAGGUUUUACAACGUCAUUCAGGACGCUGAGCACCAGGUAUCUAUGCGCCUCAAGCUUGGCACGGUCAGCGACCACGAGGGCGGCACCUACAUUGAUGGCGUCGGGUUUGGGUACCAAUCGCACAGGGUGGUCAUCCAGCUGCUUUCCGACGAUUCCGUCGAGGUCACUCUGGACGGCGAGAGGCUGCACUUUGGCGAGAACGAAAACUCGCAAGCCCACGAGCUGACGACUGCCGCUGGCAAACUCCGCCUGCUGUGGCAGCUAUUCCGACCCAAGCUCGGCAACACCAUCGAACUCACCACAGACCUGCUGCGGCUGACGGUGUACCGCACCGAUGCCGGCAGCCUGGACAAGAACGGCGAGCCGCAGCCCACAUUCCUCAACUUUGACGCCCAGCUGCUGCACCCGCCUGCCCACGAGAUGCAGGCGCGCUCCUCUGCAGAAUUGUGGGGGAGAAUAUCCCGCCUUCCUGCUAUCCAUUCAUCAAUUGAACUGGUGCACCAAUUUGAGGCCUGCUGGUCUCUGGAGGUUCAGAAGAACAAGUCAGAUGGCAUUGUGGGCGAGGGCUACACGCGCGUGCUGGGCGCCGAGAAGCUGCCGGACGACGGCGUCUUCUACCCGGCCCCCGGCGCCUCAAUAGACUCCUACGAGAUGCCCGGCUACUUCCACGCGCACGCCACCGGCGCCGGCCUGCGCUUCGGCGGCGCCGCCUACAGCCACCAGCGCAUUCUUGUUCUCAACGACCGCCUCGGCGCCAGCGUGGCCGACAUUGCCGCCGGCCUUGACGCGGCCGCGCUCCCGGUGGCGCACGCCGGCGGCGGCAGCCGCCGUCUGCUGCGCUAG